CUUCCGCCCUGCUGCCUAGGCACCCUUCACCACUCUCCACUUUCUCAGUGCUCUGUUCUUGUGAGAUCUCCCCCUUUGUUCCGCUAGAGGUUCCUGAAGAUAAUCGAAAUGUCAAAUCGGAGCUCUCAGUUGCUGAUGGUGGGAAAGUCUUAAAUGUUCCGGUCAAUGUCAAACGCGCUUUCUGACCAGCUUAGAGUUGUAGGGCACGAUUCAGUUUUACUGUGACCCGUAGGCUCUCUUCUCACGCGUCUGCUCUAUUCUCACACGCGUCACCGUACUUUGGAUCGCCAUCUUUAUUUACGAGCUGCAGCUCUGUUCCACGUGCGAUCGCCAGCCGUUUCUCUCACGCGUCAGCUCCAUCCCGAUCCCCUCGGGUCCGUGGCACGCCGUCCUGCCAUCUUUGCCGUCCGCUUCAGGGGACGACAGAGCAGGCCUAACGAUGGGCUCCAGGGCGAAAUGGGAUCCUUUCGUCGACGGCAUUCUCGAGGUCCGAGUCCGGAACUGGCUAGAAGCAGUGUUGAAAGAGAAUAUACCUCCUAAUACCGCCAUAGCCGACUGUCUUGCAGACGGCAUGAUCCUGUCACGCCUGACUGAACUCCUCUCGCCGUUCAGACCAAAGGGGGCUGGGAACAACCAGCGGCAGCAACAGCAGCAGCAGCAGCAGCAGCAGCAGGGGUGGGGCACGAAGAGCAAGUGGGACGCAAUGAUCCUCACUGAUAACUUCCUCACGAUGUGCAAGGAGUUUGGCCUGAGCGCCAUCGACCUGUUCACGUCAACGGACGUGGUCGAGAAGAAAGGCACUCGCCGCGUGUGCCUCUGCAUCCGCGCGCUCGCGCUCAGGCUGAGAGCCGCUGGCAUCCUGGCCAUUGACUUUGAGCCGGCGUCAGCAGCGGCAACAGUAAGUGCUGCGAAGCGCAUGCCAGCAGAAGGGGGGUUGGUGGAUCGGGCAGUGCGGGAGUUCAUGGGGCCCAACUACAGGCGCGGGUGGGGGAGGGAGGACGUGCCGGCCAGCCAAUCAGGCUCAGAGAACAACAGCGAUCUAUCUGGCUGGGGUAGCGCUUUGGGUGGUGGGGCUGCUGAUGGUGGUGCUGAUGGUGGUGGUAGUGGUGCCGCUGCUGCGGGUAGCAAGGUAGGAAGCCACGAUGGGAAGGAGUUGAAGAAUAAGAAGGGCAAGGGGAAAGUGUCAGGCAUUGUCAGCAAGGGGUUUGAACCUGGCUUUGAGGAAACUGAGAAGAAGAGCGUCCCAGAUGUUGCACCCACUCCAGUCUCAAGACUGGACCCCCACAUGGUCUGGCCUCCUCCCUCCGACCGCCUCUCAGCAUCAGCAGAAGGCCCAGGCAGCCUUUAUGCCAGCCUGGAUGCGUCUCGUGAUCUGUCGCCCGAUGCGGUUACCACAUCAGCCGGGACAAACUCCUCGCUCACUGACCGCUCUGCAACUGUUACAACUGUCGGCUAUUCGGAAGCAGAAGUGGACUUGGAGUCUGAAUUUUCAUCCUGCCCGUCGUCUCCUCGGGCAGCGUCACAUGCCCCUUGGACUGCUAUUGUUGGAGGGGCGAUAGCUUUUGUAGCUGUGAUGCUGCUGUUCCGACCAUCAAGGAAAAAAUACCAAAUAAGGAAGGGAGAUACUCUCACCAACAUCUCGAAGCAGGUUGGGAAGCGCAAUUGGAAGGAGAUUGCGGAACUCAACCCCAACAUUGACAACCCCCACCUUAUCUUCCCUAACAACUAUGUGGUUGUAGAUUAAAUUUCAGUAAGCCUAUCCAGUUAUAAUUCACAUGGGUGUAAAAUCAAAGACACAGCCUUUGUGCUAGUAGUUACACUAAUUAUGCUUCCUU